UUCCAUUCUCUGCUUAUAUCUAGCAGUGUCAGCCGGCUCAGCCAAUUUCUUUGUCACUACCACUAUGACUUCAAUUCCUCCAUCUGGCUGCCAGGGCAGCGUGCCAGGCAACUCUACUGAGAAACCAGCUCUUGUCUGGUCGGACAGCAGCAUUGAGCCACUCGAUGGCAUUAAUGCCAAGGAAUAUAUCUGCGCAUUAGAGUUCGUGACCGCUCCAUAUAAUCUCCCUGAGGAGCAGAUGAUCUUGCUUGCAAUACGCAAGAUGCCUGGGUUCAAGGCGCAUAUUUAUGCUGCGCGCAGGCUUGUCAGAAAGGGCAAAGGUCGCGAGCAGCCAACGUGGGCCGAAAUAAAGCCCUAUAUUUUGAAGGCAGCAGACUUUCUUGGCAGCGGCGGAGACAGUGAGGAAAUGGAGCUUCGUUCUGCUGCGCACCACCUACUCAGGGGUAAACUUCGUCCAGGCUGCGAAGCAGCUAUUCUGUCAUUCGCCUAUCCGCUGCUGAAGGCUAUCACUGGAUGGUCGGAUGGUAAAAAGUGUGCAAUGGUAACUCAGUGCUUAAGCGAUGAGCUGAUAAGCUGCCUGGCAGUGAGCCAUGUGCCGUCCGCACCGUUUGAGGAUAUGAUACUUGGUGUCAUUAAAUAUUGCCGCGAAAAUAUUGGUCUGAUCGAUCUGAUGCAAGGAGGUAUACGCGACUUGGCAAAAUUCGUCUCUAGCGGGCGUUCUUGCGGUCGAAGGGAAGGCAUCAUCGAUAUCGACGAUGGCAAGGACACUGGGCAGGCAGCCAGUUUUGCCGCUAUGGUGGAUGGAUUUGUUAACGGCGCCCUCCUGAAGAACAAGAUGCUUCUUAUGAAGGAUCUUGUGGACAGGGCCAAAUCAGGAGCUGACACUGCUGAAGAACCGGUCGACAGUACAACCGCUGAGAAAGCGCAUCCCACGAACUCAAAGUCUAAGGAUGCAAUGGGCGAGAAGAGCUGCUUCUACUGCGGACAGCCUGGCCACAUAAAGUGGUCUUGCCAUAUCCUCCAGUUGGACUGCAAGAAUGGGCUCGCCAAGAAACUGCCGUACGGAUUUGAACUCCAUGAUGGCAGCAUGUUGCCCAUCUAUCCAACCAACAAGAAGCCACAGCGUGGGAUGGUUCUGCGCGUCGCUGGUAUGGUCAACACUGGUAUCUAAGACAUAUGGUGCCAGCUAAUGACAGCAAGCAUCGGCAUAUUUUUAAUCUGUAUGCUGUGCACAUCCGAGGCACUCGAGCUUAUUUCCUUUUUCUUUUUCUUUUUCUUUUUCUUUUCGCUAAUCCCAUUUGUUUCUGUCAUAUGAUAUGGAAAUAUAGCGAUUUAUGCC